GCUGGCGCGAAGGGACGGAAGGCGAGGAGCACUCUUUAAAGACCAGGAGCCGAGAAUCUUUGGGACUGAAAAGUAUCGUGAUGCCUGGCACUGUAGCCACAGGCGGAGCCACAUCGGCCACCACUCGGCGCUCGGGGGCCAAUGUCUAGCCUGGCUUUCUCUGCGCCAGCGCUUAAAAUAAGCUUUGCGUGUUAAGCAGGAGAGGAAGGGCGGAGCCAUUCGCUGCCAUCAUUAUUUCUCCUCGAUCCGCUCUCUUCUGCGUCCGAGCGUCGGGAUUGUGACAUGACUCUCGCGGUACAAGCCGCACAUCUGAAGGUCGCGGACGAGCAGGAGCCGGAGCCGGAGGAGGAGCAGGAGGAGGAGAAGACGAAGAAGAAGAAGCAAGCCUGGAAGAAGACGAACGCCGGGCCAAUGAAGACGAAGAAGAUGGGCGAGGCGAUGAAGCUGGACUGCGGUGCUUGAUCCCCCGUCUACUCUUCUUCUCUCUCUUUCCCUUCCCUUUUUCUUCUGGCUCGUGCCUCCGGUGACGGGUGCAUCGCUUCUGGUAUGAAGACAUCGUCAUGAGAGAAUGGAAGACGCCAAUGGUGAAGAAUGCAACAGUGAGACUAAAACUCAAAUUCAAAUUGUGCACCUCGAGGUCACAAAGAACCUGAAUCCGUCCACUGUUGAACAAUCCUUGUGGAGGUGGCGUGGGCAUCCAGUCGGUCCGUCUGGUGUUGAUGUCGCGGAUAAGAAACUACGAGCUUUUUCCACUGGGUGUGCGCCGCAUGGGCGGUCGUGGAAACAGUUCUGCAGCAUUGGUUGCACCUGCAAAUUUCAAUCACGCAUAGGCAAAAUCACUGUGCGCUGAAGAUUCUAUUCAUGCUCAGCCUUCGUAAAGCAGUAGGGGUACUAUUCAAGUGGUCCGACGACAAUAUUCCGCACACUGGGAAGGGUGGAUAUUUUGCUGUCACACCAUGUCUGCCCUGUCGGCAGGGCCUUCUAGCAAAUGUGACUGUCUGGUUCAGAAAAGACGGCUAAGCAGGGCCUGGAUUUCUUCUUUGAUUCCUGGUCUGCCCGACGAUGUGGUUCGAGGCUGCCUAGCAAGAUUGUCCCGUUCUUCUUGGAUCCAUCUGAGACUUGUAAGCAAAGCUUGGAAGAGAGCUGUGGAGGAUCCUUUUUUCUUCCAGUGCAGGGUCGAUCUGGGAGUCACGGAGGAGUGGGUUUACAGUGAAACUUGGAAUCCUACUACCAAAGUCGUGUCCUGGUACGCUCUGGAUGUCUCGGAAGAGAAGUGGUUAUGCUUACCUCCCAUACCCACGAGGCGAGGUCUGGAUCAUGAAGUUUUUGGUCGAGCGUCUAUAUCUGUUAAAGGUGAGCUUUAUGUCGCCGGUGGCCAAGCUGGGAAAUCUGGGCCUACUCUGAGGGAUGUCUAUAUCUACUCUCCUUUCACUCACCAAUGGAGGAAAGGGAAAAGUAUGAUAACCACUCGUCAUAGCCCUUUAAUAUUUCUUGUAGAUCGGCAAAUCUACGUUACCGGUGGGUUUGACUCCUUCGGUAACCUCAUACAAGUUGCUGAAAAAUAUGAUGCCGAGAAAAAGGAGUGGUCCACGGUAGGAAAUCGGGGAUUUCCUGAGGUCAUUUGUCCCAAUUGGUACAAAAGGGGCUGGCAAGUACAAUGGUCUUCAUAUACCUUCGAUGAGGACGAGUUUUAUAUCUCGUACAGGACAAAGGAUUCCCAGCAGGCCACCAAACAACUGAUAAAGUUUUAUGUUCCGAAGAAAGGAGAAUGGUUUUUAACCCGAUUCAAGGAUAAGGUGAAGGCCUUAGUUACAUUCAGUUUGGGCGCAACAGUAAAUAAGCACAUAGUUCUGGUUGAUUGGGCCACAGGUAGGUUGAGAUACACGUAUCACCCGUGCAGGUCUGUAGGUUGGGCAAAGGUGCAAGGGCUUGCAGAAUUGGACUGGGUCACAAUCUUGACUAGUAAUCCGAAAGCCGCCGGCUUAGGAAGCAAACUUGUUCUAGUAGGGCGAGGGUUGAAUGUCUUAAUGAUCGAAACUGAUCCGAUUCUCGUCACUGGGGAUGACAUUUUCACAUCUAUAUCAUCAGAGCCGGGGGCUGAGGACGAGGAAGUACUAAAUUGCGUGAUUCUUAGAGCCUAAGCUUACCUCAUCUGAAUCGUCAUUACCUUGUGCUUCUGACUGCGUUCGGCCAAGACCAAAGCCCACGCUGCCAGGCUGCGCAAAAGCAGCAUGUCCACGAACUUCGAGUCUCUUUUUCUGCACUGACGCUUUUCACGAAAGUCAGUCAUCUUUAGCUGGUAUUUUUUCGUCGAUGAAGAAACUUCGAUGAAGAUGCUCAGAUUUGCAGCUUACGUCUACAGGUGUUUGCGGGUUUUAUGCAUGGAACACAGUGGUAGGACAGGCUUUUCAAAAUAUGAGACGUUAUGGGCGUGUGCCAGAGAAGAUCUUUCCUAAGAUGCGAUGGUUUAACAUAGUUUCUGACCGUUCAUCAUCAUCUUCAAAUCGUCGUGUUUCUCGUCGUGUUGGGCGAAAUUACCAUCCUUCUGUGGCGAUGGUUUAUGUCCAGGAUCUUUUAAUUAUCUACAUUUCACGGAAGGCCGACAAAUUUUGGAUCCUUUUACAUUUAGGUGUACAUUUAGACUGUGUUUGGGAGUGAAAAAAAGCUGUUGUACACGACUAGAAUACAAAAUUUGUUUGUACACAAUUGCGAGUAAUUAAAAAUUUCUAAGAAGCUAAUUUCUUCAAGUCUUUAAAUUUAAUUAUAUUGCAACAGGUGAGUAAACUGAUAUGGGUGAUGUCAUAAUUCCUUUAAAAUUUUUGUGAUUCCGGCAAACGUCGCGUGCAACAAAGUUGAGAUGACAUUUGCACUAUCCUUCUACUGUGUGGUAUCAUACGCUCUGCCCUGCAAUACCUUCCUUAGAGCACUUCAAAAUUGUCUGUCCUUGACGUGUAAUAUUAUAUGCUCCAAUCGACGAUAGCUUCGUACACGACCUCAGGGCGUCUGAAGUACCUUCAGAAAAAUCUCUACCGUC